AUGUUGCUGGGAAGAAGAGCAAUUCAUAUAUGUGUAGCACGGUAUGGACCUGUGAAAGAUAGAAUCAUACAAAGGCUUCAAAUGGAAUUUAAGCCUACUCAUUUGGAAGUAGAGUGUGAAAGUCAGAACCAUGCAGAUCGGAGUGACGAUGAAAGGCAUUUCUAUGUGCAGAUUGCAUCCAACAGUUUUGAAGGAUUGCAAACCAUACAGAUACAUCGUCUCGUCAACAGCUGUUUGCGGGAAGAACUGGCAGGACAAGUGCAUGCUCUCCGUAUCGACGCGUACGCUACAUCACAAUUUCGUGGUGAUGCACCGACGGCUCAACCCAAAUGCGCCCAUAUUCAUACAGAACGUUUUUCCGAAUAG